AUGUCGAAGGCAAAGUCGGUGACCAGCAGCUGGUGCUGGGAGCAGCGGGAGCAAAAGAGUGCUGGCGGUGUCAUGUUUAAUACUGGACUUGGACAGCAUAUUUUGAAAAAUCCUCUCAUUAUUAAUAGCAUCAUUGAUAAGGCUGCCUUAAGACCAACAGAUGUGGUCCUAGAAGUUGGUCCUGGAACUGGAAACAUGACUGUGAAACUACUAGAAAAAGCUAAAAAGGUUGUUGCCUGUGAACUUGACCCAAGGCUAGUAGCUGAACUUCACAAAAGAGUUCAGGGAACGCCCCAGGCAAGCGAACUUCAAGUAAUGGUUGGUGAUGUGUUGAAAACCGACUUGCCAUUCUUUGAUGCAUGUGUGGCAAAUUUGCCUUAUCAGAUCUCUUCCCCAUUUGUCUUCAAGCUGUUGCUGCAUAGACCUUUUUUUAGGUGUGCUAUACUUAUGUUCCAGAGAGAAUUUGCUCUCUGUUUGGUUGCAAAACCAGGAGACAAGCUAUACUGCAGACUUUCCAUUAAUACCCAGUUAUUAGCACGAGUGGAUCAUCUGAUGAAAGCUGGGAAGAAUAACUUCAGACCUCCACCAAAAGUUGAGUCAAGUGUGGUAAGGAUAGAACCUAAGAACCCACCACCACCUAUCAAUUUCCAGGAAUGGGAUGGUCUAGUGAGGAUAACAUUUGUGAGGAAAAACAAGACCCUGUCUGCUGUGUUUAAGUCGAGUGCUGUGCAACAGCUUUUGCAAAAAAAUUACCGAAUUCACUGUUCAGUCCAUACUAUUGCAAUACCAGAAGAUUUCAACAUUGCAGAUAAAAUACAGAAAAUCCUAAUGGAUACAGGUUUUAGUGACAAACGGGCCCGUUCCAUGGACAUAGAUGACUUCAUUAGAUUGCUACAUGGAUUCAAUGUAGAAGGCAUCCAUUUUUCUUAG